GGGAGCGGUCAGUUGCUGCCCCUGGGUGGCGACUGGGAGAUCGAGCUCAAUCCGAGAGUGCGGAUGGUGCUCUACUUCAUGGGAUUAAUAUAUAGCUUCAUGGGCGUCAGUAUAGUGGCUGAUUUGUUCAUGUCAGCCAUCGAGCGUGUCACCAGCGUGCAGCGCUGCGUGCAGAUCGGGACCUCAAAGAGGUUUCGCACAGCACCAGUUUGGAAUGAGACAGUGGCAACCUUGACUUUGAUGGCGCUUGGGUCCUCAGCGCCGGAGAUCAUGCUUUCCCUCAACGACAUCGUCAAGCGGACCUUCGUGCAGGGAAAGUUGGGAGCUUCCACCAUUGUGGGGUCUGCAGCCUUCAAUCUUUUCGUCAUUGUGGCGGUGUGUAUCAACACGAUCCCCGCAGGCGAAAGUCGACAGAUCAAGCAGCGCGGGGUCUAUGCCAUCACCGCGUUCUUCUCGAUCUUCGCGUACGUCUGGCUGCUCUUCAUUUGCGUGGUCAGUUCCAUCGAUGAGAUUGAGCUGUGGGAAGGUAUGGUCACCUUCAGUUACUUCCCGAUCUUUGUCACGAUCUGUUAUUUGGCAGACAUCGGAGUACUGACCAUCGAGAAUUUGCGGUCGAAACUUUGUCCAAAGCGCUAUGACGAAGAGGCGGACAACGCGCCAAAGACCUGGCUCGAGAAAUUCAAGGUGGAAAACUUCCGGGAAGAGGACUUGGAUCCCGAGGAGAAGAGGCGUCGAGAGGAGGAAGAGAAGAAACGCGAGGCGGCUCGAAUGGCCAAGGAGCGGGAGAUGGGCAUGAACCUGAAGAGUGGCCACUUGACCCGGCGGCAGCGGAUCUUGCGAGCUUGCUGCCGCCGUAGGCAAGACCCAGCACAGCUGGAGGAGGAUGUGGAGGUGCCCUUGGAGGAGGAGGAACAUAAUACAUAUCUUUCGGAUCCCAACAUCCCCUUGCUGGACGAUGAUGGGAACCCCCUUGAGAAUGAGUACGGCAUCAUUACCUUCAGCCAGCACUCCGUGACCAUUCGUGCCAAGAACGAGGUGCAGAAUAUCCCAGUGGAGAUUGUCCGGAAGAACGGCAACGAAGGCAAAGUGACCUGCACCUACCGCUUGGAACAGUUGUCGGCCAUCCCAGGCUUUGACUACGAAGAGGAUGAGGGAGAGAUCCAAUUCAGAGAUGGGGUGCAGACGGCGGAGAUCUCGCUGACCAUCUUGCCGAAGAAGCGAGGGGAGAGGAGUGAUCGAUUUCAAGUGGUGCUUGAGGAGCCCACAGGCGGUGCGGAAUUCAACCCGGACUUUGAUGGGGGCGAAGAGUGCCAACGUCUGACGAUCGUGGUGGAGAAUGAGAUCCGCGGAGGCAGUUGCUUCACCGCCUUGAUCGACGCCGUGGUGAACCUCGAUGAGCUUCGACAGGGCACGUCCUUGUGGAAAGCGCAAAUCUUAGAGGUGAUCUUUGUUGGAGGCAGCAAGGAAGAACAGGACCAAGCUGGAGCACUGGACUGGUUGAAUCACCUGAUCUGGCUUCCCUGGACCUUGAUCUUCGCACUUUUCACCCCGCCGCCGGCCUACCUGGGCGGCUGGGUUUGCUUCUUCAUCUCCCUCAUGCACAUUGCCUGGCUCACGAUCAUCAUCGGCGACCUGGCCGAGCUCUUUGGUUGUGUGGCCAAUGUGGAUGACAACAUCACUGCCAUCUCCUUCGUGGCCCUGGGUACCUCUGUGCCGGACCUCUUUGCCUCGAUGACGGCGGCGCGGCAGGACCCCACCGCGGAUGCGUCCAUCGUCAACGUGACUGGGAGUAACUCCGUGAACGUCUUCCUGGGCAUUGGCAUGCCUUGGCUCUUAGCAUCCUUCUACUGGUACAUGCAGGGCACCACCUUCGCCGUGACGUCCCAGGGGAUGAGCUUUAGCGUGCUGGUGUUUACCUGUGGCGCCUGCGUAGUGCUCACAGUGAUCCAGCUGAGACGGUGGAAGUUUGGAGGCGAACUGGGCGGCCCCGUGGACGCCAAAGCGUACUCCUCCUUCCUGCUGGUGAUCCUGUGGCUCUCCUACAUCGGCCUGUCUGUUUGGAAGUUCGAGAACAUGGAGGCCCCCCUGACUCAGGAUCUGAUGGUCCUCGGUCUUUGCAUUCCUUUGGUCGCUGUUGCCCUGAUGAUCUUCGCACUGAUCCGCUUUGCUUUAAAGGUCUCCAAGGAGUACAUCGGCGAGGAAGGCUUUUGGGGCAUUUUUAUUGCCAUUGGCAUCGUUGGCCUUCGUUUCGCGAUCCUCUUCAUUUUUCAAUGGCAGUAGGCGGAGGCGGGACCGACCUCAACACCGACUUCCGCCCUGGAGCACGGAAGAAGGAGCAGCUUCUCGCUGCCAAGCAGCCAAGCAGCUCAAAGAGCUGAAUUGGAUCAAUAGAAACCCUAGGGACAAUGUCUCAAAGUGGAUGGAAC